AGUGAUCCCGGCUGCAGGCCCGGCAACUUCUGUCGCCGGCUGUUUGCUUCUGUUCCCGCCGCGCACACGCCAUGGGCAAGAGCCGGAUGAGACGCUUCAAGCGACCUCACUUCUCCCCUACGGGCGACUGUGAGGUAGAGGGAACGGCAGCGAAUGGGACCGAGGAGGAGGAGGAGGACAAUGGGCUGGUAACGGAGCUGCUGGAGAAGCUCCAGCACCCGAGCGCCGACGUCCGCGAGUUCGCCUGCGUGGGGUUGGCCCGCUUAGCACAGCAGCCGCAGGUCUUCCCGGUGCUGCUGCGCGGAGACGCCUUGCGCCAGCUCGGGCCUCUGCUACUGGAUCCCAGCGUGCAAGUGAGGGAGACGGCUGCCGGCGUGCUCAGAAACCUCAGUGCUUGUGGCGGUUUUGAUGUUUGUGACGACAUGGUGACCAAGGACAUCAUGACCCCCCUGGUUGCACUGCUGAAAGAGUGUAGUGCUGGAUUGGAUUCAAAUGAGAUGUCUCCACAAGAUGCAAAAGAUCAGAACAGAAGUUCUUUUGAGAACCUAGCCAAUGAGGCUGUGAACGUGCUGUGGAAUAUAUGUGAAUGCAGUAGUAAAGCAGUAUCUAUAUUCAACAAAGAAGGGUGUUUGGAGAGUAUAUUAAAGUUUUUAAGUAGGUUUUCCACCAAUGUUGACUUGGCUAUUUCAGUAGCAUACUGUUUGCAGAUUGUCACUGAAGAUAACCCAGAGUUACUGAAAUCUUUUAAUGAUGCAGGGUUGCAUGUACUAGAAUCAGCAAUGCUAUUGCCUGUCAAUUCCAUGGAGUACAUUCUAUUAAAAACAUUGGUAGCAGGCACAGUUUGGAAUCUAAAGAACGUCAUUCCUUCCAAAAGUCAGGCAGAAAUCAUAAAUGCCUUACUAAAGGUCUUAUCUGAAACUUUGGAAAUAGAUGCUGGUGAAACAGUUGUUCAGAUGAAGGUCGCUGAAACUCAAAGGUUGAAGACUGCUUCCGAGACAGAGGAAAUAUUAGAAAAUGUUAGUAGUGGCACUGUAAUUGAAAGUGAAGAAAUGGAAGAAAUUCCUCAUAAAAGAAAAGCCAGACAGAAGACUUUCAUUUCAGAUUUACUUCCACUCACGGAUAAGGAACUGAGAGAGACCACAGCACUACUGUCUGCUCAGCAGACUGCUCUGGAAAUUAUUGUCAACAUGUGCUACAGUGAAGACCCCUCUGAUGAUGAGUGGGAAGAACUCUCUAGCAGUGAUGAAGGUGAUGCCUUCAUGGAGACUUCCUUCAAUGACUGUGGUGGCCAGCUGCUGUCUCCCUUAUGCCUCUCCCAUGAGGUUCACACUGCGCUCACUCACUAUCUCAUCCCAGAGAAGAUUAUUGGGAAAACUGCUUUUCCAAACAACAUUGCGGUUGACAUGUGUUCUAAGAACCCCACUUGGAAACCUUUGAUUAGAAAAAUGAACACUAUACAGUGUAGAGCCCUUGUGUGUCUCCAGAGUCUGAUGUCCUUCCUGGAUGUGGACCAUUUGGGAGGAGCUCCAGCCCUCCAGAAGCUUGCGCAGCAUUUUUCUCAUCUUCUUUUUUCUCAGCCAGAUGUCACUAAACAUACUGACUUUUUUGAAGCUAUAAGUAGUGCCUUGAGAGCCCUUUUGCAAACAAUGGCUUCUAAGAACAUUUCUCAGUGUAUGACUCCUGAUCAGCUGAUGACGUUGUGCAAAGCAGGCAUUUGUAACAGUAACACUAGAGUUAGGGUAAAUGUUGUUAGUAUCUUAGGAAUCACUGGCAGCGUCCUAGCCAAAGAAGAUGGUACUCUUGAAACCCUGAAGACCAUUGGGUGCUUUCUGCUUGAAGUUGCCACCAAAGAUCCUUCCGUUGUAGUGGCCGGUGAAGCUCUGGAUGCCCUGUUUGAUGUUUUUGCAGAUGGUAAAGAAGCUGAAAGAGCUUCACUUCAGAUUAAAUUGUUAUCUGCUCUGAAAGAAUUCCAGCCAGUUUUCAAAAUGAAGAUGCAAAAAGAAGGGAGAGACAAAUGCAGUCCAGAGCAGCUGUGCGUUCUCAACAAUGUGAAAACAAAUCUGAGAAGGUUUAUUACUUAUCAAGAAACUGUUGAAAAAAAAUACUGACUUCUUAAACCAUCCAAGGAGGUUUUCUUUUGACUAUAUACAAAAUGGCUUCAAAAAGCUCGUGGAAAAUGAACUAACAGAUAUGGAUGAUUUUUCCAUGAACUUUUUGAAGCUAUCUCAUGUUUCUGAACGUACCAGUGUUCUAUGCAUUCAUAUGACGUAGAUAAGCCUUUAGGACCUAUCAGCUUUUUUAAAGCUCUAGUCUGUGUGGCAUUUCUAACACUCUAAUCAUUUUUUGGGGGUAGCAUAUCUCAAUCACUGGAAACAAAAGACUCAGAUGGUCCUUAAUUAAUUUAUGAGCAGUAAAGAAUCUUCCAAUCAUGUUUUUUUUGAAUUUUAUAAAAUAAGAAGGAAAAAAUCCAAAGCAUUGCUUGGCUGCUCAUUUGUCAGUCAUUUUUUGAAUCUUGACCAGAAAGAUGAUGGCAAACUUUUUAAAGCAUUUAUUUUGGUAUAAAGUUUGCCAGUUAUCAUUACUUUUUGUGAAGAAGUGAAUGAGUUAAAUUUCUAUUUCAAUAUUUAAUCGAUUUUACUAAUGAUGUAACUGAGGUAAUUGUCAUCCUCUACAGAUGAACUGAUCAGUAAUUGCUUUGUGACAUUUUCCUUGAUUUGCUAUACUACAGAAUAGUAAUUAAGAGAUAUUUUUAAUAAAUAGCAUUUUAAUUGAAA